AUGCCUGAUUCUGCUCCUCUGCUGAACACCGCCAAUGGCGGCUCGGCCAACGACAACAUCACCCGUUUCAACCCUCCCAGCCGGGUUCGCUCCCCUCAGUCUCACGCCCUCUUCCACAACAAGACACGAUGCUUCGUAUAUGGUAUGCAGCCCCGUGCCGUCCAGGGUAUGCUGGACUUCGACUUCAUCUGCAAGCGGAGCACUCCCUCCGUCGCCGGUAUCAUCUACACCUUCGGUGGUCAGUUCGUCAGCAAGAUGUACUGGGGUACUAGUGAGACCCUCCUCCCCGUCUACCAGGAUGUGUCCAAGGCUAUGGCCAAGCACCCCGAUGUCGACACCGUUGUGAACUUUGCCUCUUCCCGUUCCGUCUACAGCUCCACCAUGGAGCUCAUGCAGUGCCCCCAGAUCAAGGCCAUUGCCAUCAUCGCCGAGGGUGUCCCCGAGAGACGCGCUCGUGAGAUCAUGGUCACCGCCAAGGAGAAGGGUAUCACCAUCAUUGGUCCCGCUACCGUUGGUGGUAUCAAGCCUGGUGCGUUCAAGAUCGGUAACACUGGUGGUAUGAUGGACAACAUCGUCGCCUCCAAGCUCUACCGCAAGGGCUCCGUCGGCUACGUCUCCAAGUCCGGUGGUAUGUCCAACGAGCUCAACAACAUUAUCUCUCAGACUACCGACGGUGUCUACGAGGGUAUCGCCAUUGGUGGUGACCGCUACCCCGGUACCACCUUCAUCGACCACCUUCUGCGCUACCAGGCCGAGCCGGAGUGCAAGAUCCUCGUCCUCCUGGGUGAGGUUGGUGGUGUGGAGGAGUACCGUGUCAUCGAGGCCGUCAAGAACGGCACCAUCACCAAGCCCGUCGUGGCCUGGGCCAUCGGUACGUGCGCCAGCAUGUUCAAGACGGAGGUACAGUUCGGUCACGCCGGUGCCUCUGCCAACUCCGACCUCGAGACCGCCGUUGCCAAGAACAAGGCCAUGCGCGAGGCCGGCAUCCACGUGCCCGAGACCUUUGAGGAUCUGCCUCAGCUCCUCAAGGAAGUCUACGACGAGCAGGUGAAGAAGGGUGUUAUCAAGCCCCAGCCCGAGCCCGCUGUUCCCAAGAUCCCCAUUGACUACUCCUGGGCUCAGGAGCUGGGUCUCAUCCGUAAGCCUGCUGCUUUCAUCUCCACCAUCAGUGACGACCGUGGCCAGGAGCUUCUGUACGCUGGUAUGCCCAUCUCGGAUGUCUUCAAGGAGGACAUCGGUAUCGGUGGUGUCAUGUCCCUUCUGUGGUUCCGCCGCCGUCUGCCCCGCUACGCCAGCAAGUUCCUUGAGAUGGUCCUCAUGCUUACGGCUGACCACGGUCCCGCCGUGUCUGGUGCCAUGAACACCAUCAUCACCACCCGUGCCGGCAAGGACCUGAUCAGCGCCCUCGUCUCCGGUCUGCUGACCAUCGGUUCCCGCUUCGGUGGUGCUCUCGACGGUGCCGCCGAGGAGUUCACCAAGGCCUUCGACAGGGGUCUCAGCCCCCGUGACUUUGUCGACGGCAUGAGAAAGGAGAACAAGCUGAUCCCCGGUAUCGGCCACAGAGUCAAGUCCCGGAACAACCCCGAUCUCCGUGUCGAGCUGGUCAAGGAGUUCGCCAAGAAGCACUUCCCCAGCACCAAGCUGCUCGACUACGCGCUGGCCGUCGAGUCCGUGACCACCUCCAAGAAGGACAACCUGAUCCUGAACGUCGAUGGUUGCGUUGCCGUCUGCUUCGUCGACCUCAUGCGUAACUGCGGUGCCUUCUCCGCCGAGGAGGUCGAGGACUACAUGCGCAUGGGUGUCCUCAACGGUCUCUUCGUCCUGGGCCGUAGCAUCGGUCUGAUCGCUCACUACCUCGAUCAGAAGCGUCUGCGCACUGGUCUGUACAGACACCCCUGGGACGACAUCACCUACCUGCUCCCCGCCCUCCAGAAGGGUGGCUCCGAGGGCCGUGUGGAGGUCAACAUCUAA